AUGGCGGAGAGGGGCUCCGCCGUUGCUGGCGUACCCAGCGAACGCCUUUCGCAGCUGGCCUCACCACAACUAGCAAACAGGACGCGUCAAAACAAUGCACUCGGGGCAGCUCAUUCUGCCUUCAACGACAGCAUGAGCGCCAUCUUACGACCCAUUGAGCGCUGCAGCAGUGGCAAGAAGGUCACACAGAGAGACUCAAUGACACCUCCAGGGUAUGCGGGCAAAUCGACGUCCAAGAUCAACAACGCCGCGUUUAAUCACGGGAGCAAGAAGCAGUCCCCAGAAGCCAACGAAUCGAAGCAAAUUGCGGGCUUGUUUUCCGCUUUUAAGGACCCGCCACCGACAACACGCAGAGGCACGCGAUCUCUGAGGCAGUACUUCAAUCCUGACCAGCUUUCUGAAGCCUUUUGCACGAAGUUUCACGUAACAGACCCUUUAAGCGGCCGAACUGAAAUAAUGACAGCUAGACGACCAGGAAGGGCCUCUGCCGAGGUAAAUGUAGCGGACUUUGACGCUUAUAUGCUCCCCAAAGAGCGCAUAUUUUCUAUGCAGAAGGCAAAGGACAACAUCGACCACGACAUAUUGGGACUCAUGCCCAAGCCGAAUACAGAGCUGAAGUUCUCUCUUGGCACCAUUGCCAGGCAACACCGGAUGCCAACUCUUGAAUGCAGCGGGGUCACUUUGCCCGUUGGUCUGGAAAAUCUCCCACGAGCUCGCAAUUUACUACAAUCAGUUGAAAUACGUAACUCUAGACAGAAAACGUGUUUUUCUCGUCUCGCCUCGUGCAUGAUGGAGAGAGUCGAAAAAGACCACCCCAGGGUAGCGGUUGGGAGCGGAGGAGCAGGGCAAUUAAGGAAGCCCGAGCCUUCGCAGGAAUCCCUUCACUCUGUCAAUUAUUAUUCUCAAAGUUUACAUAGGAAGUAUGCUUCAAACCGAAACCGUCAUUUGUCUUCUUUUGCACGAGUUUUCAGGGCAGCACUGGUUGUUGCCCUAUGGGCGUCCCCUAAGCUUGCUGGUGGGCUCUCCAGUGGCUCUAGUGAGGAAACUGUAUCCUCAGAGGUCGCUGUAAAGGCAGAUGAAGACUUUUAUUUGACUUCCGAAAUUGAAAAGGCGUCCCCUCCACUUUACGGGUCCAAUGAAAGCUCCGAGCCCCAAUUUGCAAGCGGCAACGUUGUCUCAGAGAAUGUCAGCCAGGGUGGCAGCGACCUCAAAGACACUCAGCAGCCAUCUGGAAAGGAUGAAUCAUUUCAAAUAGGUAGCGAGGAUGUCCCAGCGACCCCAGUUCCCAUGACGACCAGAGGGCUCGAUGAGAUAGUCCCGUUCCUCUUACCAAUGCAGCCUUACGCCCCACGUUUCUCAGGAAGAAAUGGCCUAGCAGAGCCCUCAAGCCAGACGGGGAGCUUUGAUAGCUCGUCUUCUAUAUCCGCCCAUGUGGCUUUUUCACCCUUCGCCUUCUAUGGUCCCCAAAGUGAUGAACUACAGGUUGAUAAUUGCCAGCACUUUGACGCUUUCCUUGUAUCCCCACUCCCUUCUUCUGUGGCCUCAAAGUUUAGUGAUUUUGUCAAGAAGGAAGAAGCACAGGCAGACGGUAUGCCAUACCUGCACCAUAUUCACGGGCGCCCCUCAGAUGAUCCUGCAGACGGUGAAGAAAAUCCCCGACUUGUUGUUGAAGGUGGAAAAGUUACUCCUUUAUGGUCUGAAUAUACGGAAGACAACCCCACUUUCAGCAUGGACGAAGGGACAAUAACAUUAAUUCGUCUUGUGGCUCCUGUUAAGAGUGCAUAUGAUGCCGUCGCCUCUAUGAUGCUGAUGCCAAUCAUCGACGCGAGCAUUUCCUACGGCGACGGGCUUCUUCUUUCCUAUAAAGUCAGUGGGGAGGAAGGACGGCAGGCCGACCACCAGCACCAAGAUGGUACGCACCGCCCAGUGGCUGAGCUUGAUGUCGCAUACAAAAGCUGUUUUUCUGUGGGAGGUCAAGCAAUCGACCCCAUUCCCGUGCGCGCUGAGCUUCGUUUCGGAGGUUGUGAGCCCGUCGUUCUGAUGUGGAAGGUCAUCUGCUCAAAUGGAGCAUUCAUGCAAGCCGGGCCGACGGGAUUUAACAUCUCGAUUGGCCCCCUAACGCCCCCUCAGAACAAAGACGCAGCUUCCCUGAUGCGCAGCACCUCAGACCUGCCGUGGGAUCCGAGCCUUUGUCCGUCCCCCACAGUUGGAGACAUCAGGGCAGUCAUUUCAAAUGAAGGGGAUCUUGUAACCAACGCCGCCGACUUACAAGUGGUGUAUCCCCUUUUGUACAACUUCGUUGGAAGCAGCAAGAGAGAAGAAACAGAAACAGAACAAGCAGUCAGUCUUGUAGCUUCGAGGCCAUCUUCUCAUGUUGUUCUUAAGGAGGCCCUUCCAGGCUCAGAGGAAAACGUGAGGAGGCUUGUUGUUCAGUUCCAGUGCAAGUCCGAGGGGGAAUCCAUUAUGGCUCUUGACUUCGCCUUCCACGGCUACAGGGAUAUACAAAUAUUCAUGAAGAAGAAGUGCGCAGCACCUGCUUCUGCAAGCUUGCGUGACCCGUCUUGCAGCUCUGGGAUCCUCAGUGAUGACGGCACGGGUUGUUGUGUUGCUUCCUGUGGCACAUGUGGAGGAGAUGGAUGUGAAGACCGAGAAGCUCAUCAGAGUAAAAUAAUGAAGGAACUUCAGAGCAACCUGCCUUUGCCAGAAGAAAACACAAACCAACGCUUCAGCUUGCUACUGGCUCCUUUAUGGCUGAUUGGCGUUGGUCUUGCAUUAAUAAAGCUGAUUAUCUGGUGCAUGGCUGCUGGCGCCAUAUUAAUAUAUGCCUUUACCGUUUGUUACGGGCUCUACGCUCUGAAGGACCCCUUCCUUGUGGCUGCGGCUCCUUCCGCAACACAGCUAUUCAACGCUGUCUGUUUAAUAGGGGGACACAUGCGCUACCUUUACAAAAUACACAGCAGCACUGUCUUUGGAGGUGACGCAUUUCACUCGUACACCCCAUUUGAAGAGAGAGCCCAGGUCAAGCCCAGUAAAUUAAGCAAUAAGGACAACCCAUUUCGUCCUCCCGUCACUUGGCGGUCCAAUGAUGACAAUGGAUCCUUUAUAAGGCUGACUUCCUUCAAAGCAAAACCAGCAGACGAGCCAGACACCCAUCCCUCUGAAGCGCUUCGGCCGAUGGAGUUCUGUGACAUGGAGGCAGAUGGUCACCACGUCGGCGAUGGGCAGAGUGCGAUUGAUGAUAGCCUAUGGGAAGGCCCCCAAGGAGACUUUCAAGCUGAUAGCUGGGUUGAUGAUACCACGAGCACUUUUUCACGUCUUUCCGAGCAGGGGUUUCCGACUCAGCAAAUCAGCCAGCACUAUCGAAAUCUCCCUUCGAGCCAAUAUGAGCCGUUUUAG